AUGAAUCAAAAGGGAAACAAUAAUCCAAGUAAACAAUGGUCGUUAUAUAUAUCUAAACUUAAAAACUGUAAAAAGCGCCGAAAAGAAAAUUGUCCAGUAUGCCAGAAAAUUAUUUCAAAUAUUUCAAUUCAUCACUAUUACAAACAUGUAGAACAAUGUUCAAAAAUGUAUGAACUACGGUCCAAGGUGUAUAAUGAAGACGUGGUAAAUAUGGAUAGAAGUGUUGAAUGUGCAAUUUGUCUGGACAAUAUGGAAUGUGGACAGAUAAUAGCUCGUCUAAAAUGUUUAUGUAUAUACCAUAAGGCUUGUAUAGACUUAUGGUUAAACAAAAAUAUAUGGUGCCCAAAUCAUCCACCUCUAUAA